AUUAACCCUUAUAUAUAUAUGAUCGAUGAGAUGAUGACAAGUACAUGAAACUUGUCGAUAAGAUUUUCUAAAAAAUUAAAGUCGGUGGUGGUGAUGGGGAAGAAAAGAGCACCAUGCUGUGACAAGAGCCAAGUGAGGAGAGGGCCAUGGAGUGAUGAAGAAAGCGAAAGACUCAGAGCUUUUAUCGAAAAAAAUGGUCAUCACAAUUGGAGAUCUCUUCCCAAACUCGCUGGAUUGAUGAGAUGCGGAAAGAGUUGUCGCCUAAGAUGGAUAAACUAUCUGAGACCAGGCCUCAAACGAGGCAACUUCACCAAAGAAGAGGAAGAUACCAUUAUCCACCUUCACCAAGCUCAUGGAAACAAGUGGUCUAAGAUCGCAUCCCACUUUCCGGGAAGAACAGACAAUGAGAUCAAGAACGUGUGGAACACUCAUCUCAAGAAGCGAUUGAUGAAGAGCAACUCAUUAUCAUCAUCAUCAGAUGCUACUAAUCAGUCAUUGUCCUCAACGUCUUCUUCCUCUUCCUCGAUCUCAUCAGUCUUGAAAGACGUUAUUAGAAGCAGUGAGAAGCCAAACCAGGAAGAGGAGUUUGAGGAAAUCUUGGUGGAGCAAAUUGCAUGUGGAUUUGAGGUGAAUGCACCACAAUCACUAGAAUGUCUCUUUGAAGAUAGCCACAUUCCUCCUCCUACAUCUAAACCAGACUUGCUAGAGAUCAAUGGGAAAUCAGAUAACGAGUUUUGGAGCCGACUACUGGUUGAACCAGGGUUUGAUGAUUACAAUGAGUGGCUCAAUUUUUUGGAUAACCAAACUUUGUAGGAGUUGAUCCGUCAUGUAUUGUUGCAUCGUCUUUUUCUUUCUUUUAGACAAUUUUAGAAUCUGAGGACACACUGUAUUAUUCUGAAAGCUAGAGAUUUUGGAACUAGAUAUAAACGAGUCGGAAGCA